GGGGAAAUAAGUCAUUCUUAGAAGCUUAAUGUUCUGCAUAGCUACAGAUUUCUCCAUCUCACUAAGGAGGAACGGUUUCCUAUUUGAUAUAGCUGAUGGUACCAUGCAAAAAUCAGAUCUUCGGAAAGAUGAGGAAACAAAAGUACAGGGGGUUAAGUUACUUGGCCAAUGUUAUACAGCUAGUAAGUGAUAGAACCGAAUCUGAAUCCAGGCAAGAUUGCUGCAGAAUCUUCAAAACAGAAGAGAGACAUCUAGGGAUAUUUGGUAAAAAAUACCCUUGAGCUUGCAAUAAGAUGGAGAAAUUAACAUACAGAGAAACUGACUUGUCAGAGGUCAGAGUAAGGUAUUGGUGGAUCCAGGGAUAAAUCCCAAACUUCUUAACUCCUUGACCAGUUUUAAGUCCAUUGACUAUGCAGCCUAGUGUGAUAGACUGGAAUGAUGUUAGGAAACACAAGUAUGGUCACCUUUCCGAGUCUGCAUCCCAAUAUCAAGAAGCUACUGACAUCCUGGAACUAGGUCAUUUUACCUGGGACAAAUACCUAAAAGAAACAUGUUCAGUCCCAGCGCCUGUCCAUUGCUUCAAGCAGUCCUACACACCUCCAAGCAACGAGUUCAAGAUCAGCAUGAAAUUGGAAGCACAGGACCCCAGAAAUACCACAUCCACGUGUAUUGCGACAGUAGUUGGACUGACAGGUGCCCGGCUCCGCCUUCGCCUUGAUGGCAGUGACAACAAGAAUGACUUCUGGCGGCUGGUUGACUCAUCUGAAAUCCAGCCUAUUGGGAACUGUGAGAAGAAUGGGGGUAUGCUGCAGCCCCCUCUGGGAUUUCGGCUGAAUGCCUCCUCUUGGCCCAUGUUCCUUUUGAAGACACUAAAUGGAGCAGAGAUGGCUCCCAUCAGGAUUUUCCACAAGGAACCACCCUCGCCUUCCCACAACUUCUUCAAAAUGGGAAUGAAGCUAGAAGCUGUGGACAGGAAGAACCCUCAUUUCAUUUGCCCAGCCACUAUUGGGGAGGUGCGGGGCUCAGAGGUGCUUGUCACUUUUGAUGGGUGGCGAGGGGCCUUUGACUACUGGUGCCGCUUCGACUCCCGGGACAUCUUCCCUGUGGGCUGGUGUUCCCUGACCGGAGACAACCUACAGCCACCUGGCACUAAAGUUGUGAUUCCAAAGAAUCCCUAUCCUGCAUCUGAUGUGAACACUGAGAAGCCCAGCAUCCACAGCAGCACCAAAACUAUCUUGGACCAUCAACCAGGGCAGAGGGGGCGUAAACCAGGAAAGAAGCGGGGCCGGACACCCAAGCCCCUAAUUCCCCACCCCAUCUCUACCCCAUCCAAGUCAGCUGAACCUUUGAAAUUCCCAAAGAAGAGGGGUCCCAAACCUGGCAGUAAGAGGAAACCUCGGACUUUGCUGAACCCACCACCCACCUCACCAACAACCAGCACCCCUGAACCGGACACCAGCACUGUACCCCAAGAUGCUGCCACCAUCCCCAGCUCAGCCAUGCAGGCCCCCACAGUUUGUAUUUACUUGAACAAGAAUGGCAGCACAGGCCCCCACUUAGAUAAGAAGAAGGUCCAGCUGCUUCCUGACCAUUUUGGGCCAGCCCGCGCCUCCGUGGUGUUGCAGCAGGCUGUCCAGGCUUGCAUCGACUGUGCUUAUCAUCAGAAAACCGUCUUCAGCUUCCUCAAACAGGGCCAUGGUGGUGAAGUGAUCUCAGGCAGUUCUUAUGGAAAUAGAACCCAAAAUGAGCAGAUCUCCCGGAGGAGGCCCAGCCAACUGAUGGAGCAGAUAGAGUUGUGUUCACAGUUGUUUUCACAACCGUGUUUGACCGCGAACAGCACACCCUCAACCUCCCGGCAGUCAACAGCAUCACCUACGUCCUCCGCUUCCUGGAGAAGCUCUGCCACAACCUUCGCAGUGACAAUCUGUUUGGCAGCCAACCCUUUACACAGACUCACUUGCCUCUCACCACCACCGAGUACAGCCACAGCCACAGCCACGACAGGUGAAAGCUUUGUCCUGGGGAAUAGUCUGACCCGGUCCUUGGAACCACACUCAGACUCCAUGGACUCCGCCUUGACUCCCACCAACCUUGUCAGCAGCUCCCAAAACCUUCGAACCCACGGGUACCGGCCUCUGCUUCCAUCUUGUGGCCUCCCACUGAGUCCUGCCUCGGCUGUGCGCAGGCUGUGCUCCAGGGGGCCAUCGGGACGUGCCAAGGAGAGUGGGGAUGCGUUACAAACCAGUCCCCACCCGUUAUGGCAGGUGCCCUCCUGUCCUGCAGGGUCGGACCGAUACCUGGAAAGCCGGGAUGCCUCGCGACUGAGUGGCCGGGACCCCUCCUCGUGGACAGUAGAGGAUGUGAUGCAGUUUGUCCGGGAAGCUGAUCCCCAGCUUGGACCCCACGCUGACCUCUUUCGCAAACACGAGAUCGACGGCAAGGCCCUGCUUCUGCUGCGCAGCGACAUGAUGAUGAAGUACAUGGGGCUGAAGCUGGGGCCCGCGCUCAAGCUCUCCUUCCACAUUGACCGGCUGAAGCAGGGCAAGUUCUGAACCGGGAGACACCGCCCAGACAACUGCGGGGUCCUCCGGAAGGGGUCGGCAUUCUUCUCCCCGGAAGGAGGGCCAACAGACUGCUCCGGGCGCCUCAGUGGGGCUCAGGGCCGCCUCAGGACUCCAGGAGGCUGUGUGGAGCCACCACUGCUCCCCCUCCUGCCAUGAUACGUCCUUCCAUGAAGGACUGAGGAGGGGGGAGUGUGGGGCCCAGGGCUGGCGCUGCUCUUGCCCUCAGCCCUGCCUCGGCUCUGAGGCCCCUCUGUAUUUAUUUCUCAAGCCCGCUGGCCUUUCAGCGGGCGUUUAGACUGAACACCUUCCGGGUGAUGGAGGAAGGGGCUGACCUCGGAGGCCCCAGAAGACGGGGCCCUGAAUUGACACUCGUGCCCAGUUCCCCUGCCACCUGCCGGGCCUGGUGUGGCACCCCAUUGCCCCACAGCUCCCGCCACCUCCUCACAAGAGCUCCAGACUCCAAACUCAUGGUGCAAACCUCUACCUUUUUUAAAAAAAGAUCUUUUCUUAUUGUUAAUUUAUUGUUUCUGGCACUCGGGCAAGCCCUCUGGUUCAUAAUUCUCCCGCUCCAGACACCGGGUUUCAGGAGGUGAGAGACUGCCCCGCCCCGGUCCCAGAGAGGCAUGGGCUCUUCUCAGACCACAUCACCCUGGAGCGCUUGCUCUGUGGGGUGGACAGAUCCCUCAGGCCUUGACCGUGUACCCCUCAGCUUGGGGAGAAGAGAGUGUCUGCCACCUUCCCCUCCGCCUCCAGGGGCCCUCUGCAGCCCCAGGCCUCGUCUGUGUGAAUGGGAGUCCCCCGCCCACACCCUCCCCCACACAGCUCCCUGCCCUGGCCAGAACUGCUGCCGAAGAAGGUCAGGCCCCCGGAUUUUAGGCCACAAAGCCCGUAAGGCAGAUGGGAGGGAAGGGUCUCCCGGCUGGAGUCUGGUUGUCCCCUCUCCAUUAUCCAGAUGCUUCCUUUGUGAGCAGGUCAGCUGCGCCCGCUGCCAUCUGGACUUCUUUUAUGUCAAUUUGUUUAUAAAUAAAAACCAAUAUAGA